CAUCCGGAUCAAGUGUUUGACGAACCAGCUGACAGUCGACAGACGAUCUCGUGUUUGUUCCAGAGAAACUUAAAAAGGGAUCAUGGUAUCCAGCAUCGUACUCCGCUGUACGGUAUCGGUGAUCAGUUUAUUGAUGUUGUGGCCUGAUCACAUCAUCGCUACCACCGACACCAACAUCACCACUCCAUGUAACUGCAGCACCGACACCGGAUCGAUGGCCGGCGCAUCGAUGGGCUUUCCGUUCGAGAUGAUGAUGGCCAAGCUGGACUAUCUGCAGUACAAGAUGCUGGAGCAGAGCUUCGAGCUGAAGGAACACAGCGAAGCGAUCAGCGACAAUCAGGCUCACCUGGAGAAGCUGUUCAGUGGGAUGCUGUGGGCGAUCGACCGUCUCGAUCAGGCCGUCGGCACAAAUCUGACGGCGUUGCAGGGCCAAAGCUGGAAGAUACUGUCCCGCCAGACGGCCUGUGCCAACCAUGAGGUGAUGCGAAGUGCCAUCUUCAGCCUCGCACCGAAGCAAGGUCUCGCCCCGAAUGCUCGCUCGCUGUUCGAUCUGCAGGGCAUGCAGCACAAGGGACCAUUCGCGUCCUGUCAGGAGGAACCGACGAAGCAAUCCGGGAAGUAUCUGCUCCGACCACCGUCCCUAGAUCAGGAACCGUUUCCGGUGUUCUGCGAGCAGACUAAGUUCGGUGGCGGUUGGAUCGUAAUCCAGCAUCGCUUCGAUGGUCGGCUGAAUUUCUUCCGCAACUGGACCGAGUAUCGGGAUGGCUUCGGUAGCCUCGAACGUGAGUUUUGGAUCGGGCUGGAGCGGCUGCAUCAGUUGACGACCGCCCGGCCUUACCAGCUGCUGAUCGAGGUGGAGGAUUUUGCCGGUGACUAUCGUUAUGCACGCUAUAAGGAGUUCGAGAUCGGCAGUGAGGCGGAGAUGUACAGCUUGAAGAAGCUGGGCGUUUACAGUGGCACGGCCGGGGACUCGCUGACCUACCACAAGACGCUCAAGUUCACGACGCUGGAUCGCGAUAACGAUGGUUCGACCUCGAACUGUGCGGUGACGUGCGAGGGUGCCUGGUGGUACAACAACUGCCAUCACUCGAACCUUAACGGACGCUACAUGAACGCGGUCGAUGUGAAGUCGGUCUCGUGGUAUCACUUCAAGAGUUCGCACCAGGGCAUGAGCUACUCGCGGAUGAUGAUUCGCGAGAUUUAGUGGAAUAGAGUGGCGGUGUUUCGGUGAGUUUUGAGGAAUAAAAUGGACGAUUCACGAUAAUUGGCUUGAUCAUUGGUGUGUUGGGCGUUCGACGUUCUCCCUCUAAACUUUGUUCCGCCUUUGGUCCAGAAUGUUCCAGCAUUGUCCGGAGAGAGUUACUGGGAAAGUUAAAUUGCAUUCAGCGUAACGCGGGAGUUCUAGAACAGGACGAAGCGAAUUUGGUCAGCGAUCACCGCUAACGAGGAUCAUUUCGCAAAAGUUUUUCCCAUCAAGACUGUGAACAUCAUCUCAUCGCAUCAUCUCGCCUCAUGCUCUCUCGAGUGGUUCGUGUUGAAAGUCCUUUUAUCGAGUUUCUAACCUGUUCGCUCGUUCGCAAGUGAUAUCGACACGAUUGGGGACGAAAUGGAAUGAUAUCAAAGGCGUUUGAGAUCUGAUGGGCAAUCGAAUCGGUUAUUACCGGAAGCGAAAAAGGCCAUUUGACAGUCCUCGAAGGAGAUUUCGUGUUGAGUUAGUUCGUUAAAAAGGAAACCCACAACUGUAUCGUGCUUUGAUGUAAAUUUACUGCAA